AUGUUGGUGACGGCCAUGGACCACUCGCAGCGCCGGCUCUCGAUGGGGAUGAUGAACAGCCACCACUCCGAGGCCGAGUACCUGGACCUCGCCAACCACCAGCCGCCGCCCUACAGCCUCUCGCUCGAGCACUCGCACUCGAUGGGCAUGCCCCACGGCCACUACUGGACGACGGCGAAGACCAGUACGACCUCUCGGGCCAGAUCCUGCCGCUACGGUGCCAAGUGCCAGUUCGCCCACGGCAUGCCCGAGCUCCGCCACGUGCUCCGCCACCCCAAGUACAAGACCACCAAGUGCAAGUCGUACUGGGGCUCGGGCCACUGCCCCUAUGGCAGCCGCUGCCGCUUCAUCCACGAAGAGGAACCCGUCGGCCGCUCCGGGUCGAUGUACAAGUCGAGUGGCUUGUCCCCACGUAACGAGAUCUCCCCAACGUCUCAAGGCGACCUCUCGUUCCUCAACGCCCAGUACAACUCGGACCUCCCCGCGGCCAAUGGCCUCAUGUCGUACAACUCGGACCUGGGCAUGCUCAACGGCCAGUCGUCGCCGACGUGGCUCUCAGGCGAAGUCGCUUCGACGCCGACGUUCUUGCGCAGCCCAUCCGAGCAGACCAACGUCCUGGACCAGAGCGUCGAGUACAAUGGCUUGCAAGACGCGAUUGGCGUGCUUCUCAAGUUUUCGCAGUCGUUCCCGGACAACGAGGCUCCUGCGCCGACCGUUGGCGCUUCCUCGCCCAAGGUUGGCCUCCCGCCGACUGUGCCCGCUGGCUCGUCGCUCAAGUCGCCGCUGAAGCGUGACCUCUCGCUUCAGGCUGACGAGCUCUGGAAGGACUUCUCGGCGGUCUCGAUUGGCGGCAGCGGCGACGCGACCGACACGUCGUCGCCGUCGGACUGGUUCCUCUCUUCGGACAAUGGCGGCCUCGGCGGCGCGGACCUUCGCGAAGAUUCCGCGUCCCGCUUGAGCUUCUUUACCCAAUUCAAGUGA